AUAACCUGAAGUGAGCUAGUAAAAUCGUAACGUGACUGAGUGACGGUUGUGUGUUCAGUGAAUAUAUUUUGUCGAAUAUUUUUGAAGUCGAGUGUUUAUUUGGAAAUACGAUGUCGGAUGAAAUUGCUGAAAAUGGAACGGCGAACGGAGACGUUCCUGAAAUCGAGCUCAUUAUUAAGGCUUCCACGAUCGACGGAAGGCGGAAGGGAGCAUGCCUGUUCUGUCAGGAAUACUUCAUGGACCUGUACCUACUAGCAGAGCUCAAGACCAUCAGCUUAAAAGUAACAACAGUGGACAUGCAAAAGCCGCCGCCGGACUUCCGCACGAACUUCGAGGCGACGCAUCCACCGAUAUUGAUUGACAACGGGCUGGCCAUCCUCGAAAACGAGAAGAUUGAACGGCACAUCAUGAAGUCGGUGCCUGGUGGUCACAAUCUGUUUGUACAGGACAAAGAGGUCGCAUCACUGAUCGAGAACCUGUACUCGAAGCUGAAGCUGGUGCUGGUGCGCAAGGACGAGCAGAAGUCGGCUUCGUUGCGCGCGCAUCUCGGCAGGAUCGACGGCCUGCUCGAGCGCAGGGGGACCAGAUUCCUGACGGGUGACACAAUGUGUUGUUUCGACUGCGAGCUGAUGCCGCGCCUGCAACACAUCCGCGUCGCCGGCAAGUACUUCGUAGACUUCGAAAUACCGACAAGUUUCCGUGCCCUUUGGCGCUACAUGUACCACAUGUACCAACUCGACGCGUUCACGCAGAGCUGUCCCGCUGACCAAGAUAUCAUCAACCAUUAUAAGUUACAACAGUUAUCAACAAAAGGUUUACUUACACCAACGAUGACGCGGCAAAGAAAAGACGACACGACGACGCCGGCGCUAAAAAUGAAGAAACACGAAGAACUGGAGACGCCAACAUUCACAACAUCAAUUCCUAUCGAUAUCAAUGAUUUAAACAACGCAGAAGAAUAAAUAAUGUCACGCGAAUCCGAGCCUUGGUACAAUAGGCAUUAAGCUGAAUUUUCGGUCUAUAUUGCCAAUUAUUGCACAGGGGAAUCCGUCUAUUGUUUUUUUUUUGGAUUCCUUACAUAUUUAGAACCAUGUGAUAUCCCACCCCACAUACCCUCGCUUGUUUCGUGUUGAAUUAUAAAA